AAAUCCACUUCUCCUUUAAACCCCCUCUCAAAAUCAUAUCAUUAGCCCAUCUUCCUAUGUAACCUCACUUUCUCUCUCUCUUUUCCUAUCACAUUCUUAGCAACCUUAAACACAAAAAUGGCUUCCUUAAACCAUCCCAAAUUACUCCUUAAUCUCAUAAUCAUCCUCUACAUAACAUGCUGCAACUCUUACACAGGUUCUGCCUCACAUAAAACUACAACAUUUAAGCUUUCAACUAUAGCAGCUGAACCAAGUAUACUACCAUACGACUCUCCUGCAUUAUCACCUGAUAUAACUCCUCUGUUUCCUACAACACCAACCUCUGUUUCGAACCCGCCUUCGUCGGAAUCUACACUUCCCAUUAUUCCUUCAAGUCCAAGUCCCCCUAACCCUGACUCCCUCUCCACCCCAUAUCCUGAUUCUUCACUGCCCUCCUCCAUUUCCCCUACAGGGUCCAUGAUCCCGGAAUCCUCCGCUUUCGCCAUGAAACUCUCUGUUAUACUCAACUCAGCAAUGGUGGUUCUUCUUCUCAUUGCUUUCUGGUGAAUUCAGCUUCAAGGUACUGCAAUGAUGUACACUGUGCCAUCCCACUUUGUAUUUUUUUUUUUUGUUUAGCUUACUUUUUAUAAAGUUGGUAUAUAUUUAUUAUUAAUUACUUAAAUUAUUGAGCUUUAUUACAAUAAUUUCCUAGAAAUUAUUCGAGUAGUAUAUAGAAAUUUGUUUUUUGAGUUCAAAAGGUGAAUGAUGAGGCAAUAGUUGGGUCUU